AGCGCGAGCUCACGGCUUCCCCGCGCCGCGUUGAGGAGCGUCGCCGCGUCGUGCCGCUGCGUCGUGCCGCUCCUCCUCUAGACUCACUUCUCCAUGGCUUCGCUCCGGGUUCCUGCGCACGGUGCGCGUGAGCAGGUGCAGGUGAGUGUGUGAGCCGGGUCGGAGGUCAUGCUGCGGAGGGAGUCCGACCCCCGCGGCCUCUUUUCCUCCGGAGAGACGUCUGACAAUGACUGUGAGGUGGGGGCGAGCUGUGGAGAGGCGGGUGGCGCAGUGUGUGUGUGUGUGUGUGUGCGCGAGGCCGGUCCCCGUGCACCUCGUGCACCUGAAGCACACACGCCCACGCCGGACACGCUGCCGUGUGAACACUGUGGGAAGAGCAGGGUGAUGGUGACCAGGUACUCCGAGGGAUACGGCACAGAGGACGAGUCUGAGCCUCAAGAAGGGGAGAGCGACGUGGACGCUGACAUCGAGGACACGGACUGCAGACUCCAGGAGGCGGGUCCUCUCCAGCGAAUCAGCUCGCGGAGACGUAAGCGUGCGCGGGUGGCGCGCCAGGACACCACGGAGAGCGAGGACGACGGCGGGCGGAGCCACCGGUCGCCCCGCUGGAACCUCCGGCUCAGUCCGGAGCGAGCGCACAGCCGGACCAUCCCCGAGGAGAGCGUGUCGCAGGUCAGGCCGCUGGUCGUCGGCCGGCCGGACGCGGCGAGGCCUCCGGAGCGCCCGCCGCCGCCGCCGCCGCCGUCCUCCCUCUCGCUCCCUCUCCUCCUCCUCCUCCUCUUGCUUCCUCUCUCCCUCGUCAUCAUCAUCAUCGUGACCCUCCUUCGACCGUGACCCCGACACAAGGUGUUUUUUUUCUUCCUAUUUCCAGAAGGCUCCGCCCACUCCCACAGGGCACAGAAAGACACGGCGCCGUACGGAGGUUACUCACUCUUUACAGAUCCAGGAUCUGUUGGCGACGGCGUAAAGAACGCGCUCGGCCUUCUGCCAUCGCUUUCUCACCCCCUCGUCUGUAAAAAUAGACCUCGACGCGUCUCACUUAUUCUAAUGAG